UUUGGCAUUACAUAUUAUAUUCUCGCAUGUAACGUACUUAUGUAAAUGCAUAUGAUUAUAUUGCAAUGUGUACAUAUUUUUGCCUUUGAACAGUAGGGGAUCUGCUAUUCUUCAAUCAAACAACAGAAAUACUUGUAUAAUACAGAACCAUCCGAGAAGCUCAACGAAUUCGCAAGAGUCAUCCAUCGAUUUUUGUGUCUGACUUCUGUAUGUUAAAUUUCAAUUUCUUCUUUACCAAAAAUAAGCGCAAUAUGGUUUUAAAUUGAAGUUUGCUUUUGUACAGUUUUUUCGAAUUUAUUUUGUGUUCGUAUGGGCAAAUCAGGCCCAUUCGUGUCAGCCAAAGCAAACUUUAAGAGCUAAAAAUUAAAAUUCCAGUGUUUUAUUAUGUCUAGAAUUAGAAAUUGGACUUUAAAACAAAAAUCAACCAAAAACCAAAUCAAUCUUGUUGACCGGUCUAAUUUACUCUUUACUUUAAUUUUCUUAAUUUUUAUCUUCAAAUGCGCGCAACAACAAACCAGCUUAUUGCCAAGGUAAGCUUUACAGUAAAAAGAUUAGUAAUAUCAAAUUAUAAUACACAAUGUAACUAAAGGUCAAAUCAGUAAAAUUUUGCGUAGUUUUUGAUUUCUAUUAAUAGAAGCAGACAAGCGAACCAGAACGUAUACAUCUACAUAUACUAAUUGUGCAGACCUACAUAAAAUCAUCUCAUUAUUCUGAACAUUAUCAUAUGUGGUAUGUAUGUGAAUUAUUAUAUACUUACUAUACAUAUUUGUUCAUUAACUUAUACGCAGCGUUACAAUAUGCUAAUGGAUUCUCUUCAUUUACGCAUACAUACAUUAUAUACAAUAUUUGUAACUUCAUUGGUAUUGUCGCCUAAUCGUGUCAUUGGGGCAUGCAUUGGCAUUUGCUAGUCUCAUGAAUGAAUGACCAUGUUUGAAUUAAUUUGUGUUGUUUUUGCUUUUAAUGAGGAUGCAACUUACUGUUUACCUUAGUAAUGUCUUUCUGGUAAUUUGAGCUUUUAUAUACUACACUUGUAUAUUGGUAAUUUUAGAUUAGUGCACUUGAGAGAGUGUGAAACGUAUAAUCACACAGUUUCCAAAUUAUGUUGACAAAAUUUCGUGUAUACACCUACAUACAUUUGCAAUUAGGCAAAUCAAUACAACCGAAGUUAAUUUAAUUAACAAAUCCGUACUUUAAAGGAAAUGAAAGUUAAAGAAAGCAGACAAAUGAUUGUGAACAACAAAGCACGUUAGUAAGCUUAAACUUUGACAAAUCACAUCACAUCGCGGCGCGUGAGUCACCUAAGCACUGGCCACGCACGUUGCCUGCUUUACUUAUAUAGCGCCAACUGGCAGCCAAUUUCCCGCGAAUUUACCGCGUGACUUUCAAAUCACAUAACAUCACGGCGCGACAGUCACCUAAGGACUGGCCAGGCACGUUGCCUGCUUUACUUAUAUAACGCCAACUGGCUGCCAGCUUCCCGUGAAUUUAUCGCAUGACUUUCAAAUCACAUCACAUCGCGGCGCGAGGGUCACCUAAGGACUGGCCACGCACGUUGCCUGCUUUACUUAUAUAGCGCCAACUGGCAGCCAAUUUCCCGCGAAUUUACCGCGUGAAUUUCAAAUCACAUAACAUCACGGCGCGACAGUCACCUAAGGACUGGCCAGGCACGUUGCCUGCUUUACUUAUAUAGCGCCAACUGGCUGCCAGAUUCCCGCGAAUUUACCGCAUGACUUUCAAAUAACAUAACAUCACGGCGCAACAGUCACCUAAGCACUGACCAUGCACUUUGCCUGCUUUACUUAUAUAGCGCAAACUGGCAGCCAAUUUCCCGCGAAUUUACCGCGUGACUUUCAAAUCACAUCACAUCGCGGCGCGAGAGUCACCCAAGCAUUGGCCAUGCACGUUACCUGCUUUACUUAUAUAGCGCCAACUGGCAGCCAAUUUCCCGCGAAUUUACCGCGUGACUUUCAAAUAACAUCACAUCGCGGCGCGAGAGUCACCUAAGCAAUGGCCAUGCACGUUGCCUGCUUUACUUAUAUAGCGCCAACUGGCAGCCAAUUUCCCGCGAAUUUACCGCGUGACUUUGAAAUAACAUCACAUCGCGGCGCGAGAGUCACCUAAGCAUUGGCCAUGCACGUUACCUGCUUUACUUAUAUAGCGCCAACUGGCAGCCAAUUUCCCGCGAAUUUACCGCGUGACUUUCAAAUAACAUCACAUCGCGGCGCGAGAGUCACCUAAGCAAUGGCCAUGCACGUUGCCUGCUUUACUUAUAUAGCGCCAACUGGCAGCCAAUUUCCCGCGAAUUUACCGCGUGACUUUCAAAUAACAUCACAUCGCGGCGCGAGAGUCACCUAAGCAAUGGCCAUGCACGUUGCCUGCUUUACUUAUUAGCGCCAACUGGCAGCCAAUUUCCCGUGAAUUUAUCGCAUGACUUUCAAAUUAUAUCACAUCGCGACGCGACAGUCACCUAAGCAUUGGCCAGGCACGGUGCCUGCUUUGCUUACAUAGAGCCAACUGGCAGCCAGCUUUCCGUGUGAAUUUCAAAUCACAUCACAUCGCUGCGCGAGAGUCAUCUAAGCACUGUUUUAUAAAUAAUAUAAUUAAAUGAUAUAGAUAUGACUCUGGUAAAUAUAUUUUAAUUCAUAUACAAUUAAUGCAUUUCACAUAAAUAAAUCUUAACGAAAAAUAUAUUGAAGUUUAAUUUAUGUCUGCCACUAACUACCACAAAUACUUAUCCUAAUACCAGCUGUUUAAAUGGAAAAGCUGCUGACUAGUUGGACUUGUAAUGUACCCUAGUUGCAGUGCUUUUUAUGACCAGUCACUUCACUUUAAGAUGCAGUUUAAACCGAACCUCAGACGAUGUAUCUAUUUGCAUGAAUACAUUGAGAUACUCUAGCAAUACUUAAUGCAGUAACGAAAAAUCUUGUAAAGUGAUUUUGUUAAGAUUAUUGAAAAAAUUGUUUUCUGUAAUAAAGUUAGUUAUUUUAAAUUUUUUCCUUUUUGUGCAAAGUGGACAAAAUAACUGGUUUUGUAAGGAAACAAAAUAAUAAUAACCAAAAUAUAGUAAGCGUCUGUAUGUAUGGGAGAGAAUGCAUUGCUUAAGAAACUGAGCAGAGAAGCAAAAAACAAAACACACUGUUGUGAGCAACACGUUUAACCAUCGAAGUUGUUGGCCGAAGGUGUGCACAAAACUUCGAAAGCCAUAAGAUUUAGUUGUUAAAUCGGAAUACGUGGCGUCGGUUGCAACCACGAAGUCGAGCUUUGUGUUGUGAGAUACAUACACACACUAGUAGUAGAAAUCUUACAACAUUCCAAUAAACUGGUCGCGCAUGUGUAAUGUGUAAUUCAAGUGGUUAAUAAUAUUCAGUUAUUAGACUACAGUAUAAUAGAUUCAAAUAUAAAAUAAAAUGUGUUCCAAUAAUGAAACAUGUACACUAGUACGACAAGUUUUUAAUUAUUAACAUUUGACCAAAAUGAGGUUUUGUUUUAUUAUGAAAGGAGGAGAUGAAAAGUCAUAAUAAGAACUUGGAAUAUUUCGCAUGUGAAAAUAUAAAGUGAGUUAACAGAUUAAACACAUCCCAAACUGCCAUGUCUAGCAUUGCUACCACCGUAAAACGCCGUAAGCCGUUAGUUAAAUCGAAAUCAAAAAAUACAACCAUAAGCACAAGUGCCGUUUCCACUGUUACUACCUCCACUACUACAAACACAUUAAGUGACCCAGUUAUAAACUUUAGCGCGAAUGAUCCAUUUGAUAAAGCGACGUUAGCCAACGCGUCAUCAAACAAAAGACUUCAACGCUUCUCAUUAAGCGACAUACUUGUUGGUAUAAUGCCAAGAACAGCAAAAAAACAAGCUAACAGUAACAAUGUAUCAAGUAACACAUCAAACAGCAAUCCCACCACCGCUUUGGUACUGCGCACAACUUCUCCCACUUUGUACAACGGCAGCAUAGCCUGUUGCCGCGACGUCAACUGUCGUCUAAAUGCGUUGAAUGAGCAUUUUACAGCACUUGUUCAGCAAAAACACCACCAUCAAUGUAUUCAACGUGCAUCGGUUUGUUCAAAUGCAUCUUCGUCGUCAAGUGCGUCCCAUACAAAGAGUAGCAGACGGAGUAGAAGUUCUACCGUCACUGGUUUGAGUCGAAACGAAACAACUGCGACACCUACCGUACCAGCGAUUGCAGCGGCAGCUCUGCGCGAUGGCUCACCAGAUUCAGGUGUAGGCAGUGAUGCUGCAAUGGCGAAAGUAUUUCGUGCUGCCGCAGAAACAACAACAAGCGACGAUUCUACUUUGUCUUCGGUAGGGCAAUAUCUUACCGUACACCUGCAGCUGGAUUUGUGUACGUGGAUCUUGUUUAUUUUGGCAGCUUUCACACGUUUCUAUAAGCUUUCUAUACCCCACCAUGUUGUAUUUGACGAAAUACAUUAUGGCAAAUAUAUCUCCCUUUACAUGAGAAACAUUUUCUUCUUCGACCAGCAUCCGCCGCUAGGAAAACAACUCAUAGCUGCGGUUGCAUACACAGCCGGCGGUUACGAUGGCAAUUACACGUUUCCACAUAUCGGAGCGGAAUAUAACAAAAAUAUGCCAAUUUUUUGGUUACGCUUUGCGCCAGCGUUGUGUGGUAGCGCAUUAGCGCCUAUCGUCUACAAGCUUCUCAUAGCCGCACAUCUUUCUCGAUGGUCCGCUUUGUUAGGAGGAAUACUUAUUAUUUUGGAUAAUGCAUUGCUCACACAAUCACGGUUUAUUUUGAUGGAGUCAAUGCUUUUAUUAUUUGAAGCCUGUGGCCUGUAUUACAUGUUGCGUUUUCAAGAAAGUCGUUUCGGUAGCUCUCUUUGGUUGAUAUUUGGAUUAGCGUCCGCAUCGUGUUUCUCUUUUGCAACCAGUGUAAAAUAUGCAGGCUUUUUGACUUAUGGUCUCACAGCCUACCUCUCUUGCCGAUUUUUAUGGGAUAAACUUUACGAUGCUACGCUUUCAAAUCUGCAUAUUAUUUUACAAACCAUUGGCCGCAUCGUUUUAUUCACAAUUGUGCCAAUUAUGUUGUAUAUAGGCGUUUUCUUCGUUCAUUUGCAACUAUUAUAUCGUGCUGGGCCACAUGAUAGUAUAAUGACAAGUGCCUUCCAAGCUUCUCUGGAUGGUGGAUUAGCUUCGAUAACAAAAGGUCAGCCACUCAAUGUGGCUCAUGGUUCACAGGUAACUCUGCGUCACACACAUGGUCGAACAUGUUGGUUGCAUUCACAUACCCACGUGUAUCCAGUGCGAUAUCCGGAUAAGCGUGGCUCUUCACAUCAACAACAAGUCACAUGCUAUUCAUUUAAAGACGUAAAUAACUGGUGGAUUAUUAAGCGUCCACAACGAGAAGAUUUAGUCGUCGGGAAUGAGUUGGAUGUUAUACGUCAUGGAGAUAUUAUUCAAUUAGUACAUGGGAUCACCAGUCGUGGGCUCAACUCUCAUGACGUGGCCGCACCCAUGACCCCACAAUGUCAGGAAGUAUCCUGUUAUGUCGACUAUGAAAUUAAAAUGGCUGGCGAGUUAUUGUGGCGUGUGGAAAUUUUGAACCGCGAGACGGAAGGAAACAUAUGGCAUGCCAUUAAAUCGGAAGUGCGACUAAUCCAUCAUACCACGGGUGCAGCGUUACGUUAUAGCGGGCGUCAACUUCCAGAAUGGGGUUUUAAUCAACAUGAAGUGGUGGCAGAUCGGAACGUGGAGCACAAAGACGCAAUAUGGAAUGUUGAAGAACAUCGUUAUACAAAAACACAGGACCAGCGUGAACGGGAACGACAACUGCUUAAAGCUGAGAUGAUUCCAACGAAAAAGACGAAGCUAACUUUUUUAGCAAAAUUCAUCGAAUUGCAAACGAAAAUGCUUUGGGGCACAAAACAGCUAGACACCCACAUGUAUAGCUCCUCGCCCCUCGAAUGGCCAUUGUUAGAUAAAGGCAUUGCUUAUUGGGUUGACACAAAAACUGGCAGUCAGAUACAUUUGCUUGGCAACAUAAUUAUUUGGUACACCGGAACUGCAGCACUGAUUUUGUAUAUCUUACUGAAUAUAUUCUAUGUACUACGUCGACGACGCCUCCAUUUUGAUCUGCCAGAAAACGAGUGGCACCGAUUUCGCCAAGUCGGCGACAUCUUUUUAGUUGCAUACUUUAUACAUUAUUUACCAUAUUUUACAAUGGAUCGUGCACUGUUUCUGCAUAACUAUCUACCUGCCUUUCUAUUCAAAAUCUUACUGCUAUGUUAUGUACUUGAGCAUAUUGACUAUUUGCUACGAUUAUACUGUUAUGUUAAUUGUAAAGUUAAAGGUACUUUACAGCCACAGCGGAUUUGGUUAGUCCGAAGCUAUCGUCUAUGUAUUCUAAUAUGGCUUGUAUAUGUUAUAUGGGUCUUUAUAAAAUUCUUGCCAUUAACCUAUGGUAUGCAAAAACUGAGCCCGCAGGAGGUGAUCAGUUUACGAUGGAAAGACACUUGGGACUUUAUAAUACAAGUCCACAAGUCUAUGAGUAAUCGCAUUUAACGAUUUCCAACGUAUCUUACAAAUCGGAUGGUUGUUAUAAAUAUUAAUAUAUGUAUAUGUAUGUAUAUGUACACUCACAUAGUAGAUAACAUAAGUACGUCUAAUUUAUUAAAAAAGGCAGCGAAUUCAUCGCAAAUGUAAUGUAAUAAAAAUUAUAUUUUAAUCCCCAUAUGCUAAUAAUAAUACAAUAAUAAAUAUUUAAUAAACAUAAAAAUGUUGUUUUAUUCUUAUCUAUAAUUGACUCAUUUGCAACCGCGUUUUCAACUGUUCAUGAAUUGACCUUAGUUUGGCAUCGCAAAUAUGGGGGUAUCGUCUACAUAUGUUAUAUUACUUAACUUUAUAUUUCCACUGAUCCUUUAAAAGUCUAAAUUUGGAAGCCCACGAAAGCUCCAGAACAUUUUUUAAUAACGCGUUUGGAAGUGAGCUGCAGGAGUAAAUAUUUAUGUUGUACGUAAAAAACAUUACAGUUAUGUAUGUGAAAUGUAAAAACGAAAGUAUUUUAUAAAUUUUUAUUACGUAGAAAUAAAAAUAUAAGUUUUACAAAAAGAACUGUUGAUUCAUAUCCAUUUCCGAAGAAGCUAUCCACUUAAAAUAUACAUAUGUAUACAUACGUGUGUAGCUUUGCGAUUGAUAAAUUCUUGCGAUACACUUUUAGUGUGAAUUAAUUAAUGCUUUAAUUAAUUUAACUUCUAUUAUUUAUCAAUUAUUUGAAAAAGAGAAACCUUAAUAUUGACAGACAUUUAAGAAUAUUGUAAAAUAAUGGGGUUUGAACAAUAUCCAACUGCUAUUACUAUAUACAUAUGUACAUAACUAUGUCAAUAAAAGUAAUUAUUAUUGUGAAUUUCGGCAAUUCAUUUUCUAGUUUUAAUUUUUUAUAAGAACCGUCCCUGGCUUAUUUAAAAUAGAAAGUAUUUUUAGAUUAUGACAGAUUCGUCGACUAAGAGACACUGUCAUCCGUAUGUAUUCAGUUCUUGGCUGCCAGCUGCGCGGUAAUUGGCAAACAUAUGUUAUUUGUUUGUUAUUUCGAUUCCAAAAUAGUUACUGGUUACCUAAUCUAUAAGAACAAACCUAGAAAAGAGCAAAACCAGCAUACUCUCCAAAAAAUAACAAAUUUUCCUGUGGAGCUUUUGCGAGAAACAACUUGUUGUUGCUGUCACUUGUGCUUUAUUUUCGUUUUUUGUUUAGUGCUCAGUUUUUGAGAAACUCUUCAAAGUGGCGUUUGAUUUUUCCGACAUGUUGAAAUUUUUGAUAACAUUUGGGGCUGGCAUAUAUACUGGAAUUUACAUAAGUCAAAAUUAUGAGGUUCCUCGUGUAGAUGAACCCGGCAAGCUGGUCGACAAAAUAAAAGAAUUUGCGGACGAACAUAGAAAAAACAUAACUAUGAAAUGAGCAACUUUACAACAUCAAGCAAACGGUAAACAUCACUUAUGAUCGUCCAUUAUAAUUUGUGAAUAUCCAAGCAUCAAGGGUACUAAACGAUUGAAUCAAAUGGAUGAUCAUAUUUAUACAUUUCAAAGGUUAACAACUGGUUAAUAUUUUCAAAUUUAGAAACAAAUUAAUUUAAUAAAACGAUAUAUUUAAUUUCCUAUUAAAAAUAAAUUGAAACCCAUAUUUGCCUCUCCGAACAUGUGUAAA